AUUUUAAUAUAAAAUAAUGAACAACAUACUAGAACUAUGGACAAGACUGCACAAAAGAGAUCUCUGAAGAGAAAGCACCAGACACCAUUUAAAUCACCAUUCCAGAAAGAUUCUGCCAGUAGAGUGACGGGGAAUGAUCAACAAACAGUAGAGCAGGUGAAAGAGAAGUUAAGCGUCAUCAACAAAGAGAUAGAGGAGUUGAAAUCUCAGGGUCUGAAGGAGGAGGAGUUACACACACACAUUGAUAAACUGCACGAGUACAAUGAGAUAAAAGAUAUAGGGCAACUUGUUCUAGGGAGACUUGGUCAGUAGAUACUUUCAAAUCUUUUAACCCUUAUAAUGCUGGACACGACCGAGUCUGCCUUUUGCAACCAGUGUAGAGCAUGAUCAGCCUGCAAAUCCAUGCAGUCUGUUCAAGAUCUGCACUGUCUGCCAUUGCAGUAAGCAUCUUUUUGGUAAGCACCUCUUUAAACAGUUAAUGGUACCGUCCAAAUGUUCAUUAUAGAAAUUUAGCAGUGUUAGGUUUAAUUUUGUGGGCAUGAAAUUCGGUGGUUUUGCCAAAUUGGCUAUUUCAUGGGGUUAAAAAGUCAUGGAUUUUGACACUUUAACUUAAAAAGAAUGGGUAUUUGUUGCUAUAAAGUUGGAUUUAAUUUCAUGAAUUGGCUCCACAUGACAUUUUGAAAAAUUGUCUCAGUAGUAUGUAGGUCGAUGUGAUAAGCCCUUUUAUACACCCAUGAAAUUGGACUUCUGUUUGGCUUCCACAAAAGUUGUCCACUUUCUAAGUUGAGCAAUAUUUGGUCAAAAUAUUCCAUGGCAGCAUAUUUUGGCCAGGUUUGAUAACCAGCAGGAAAGUUUCAAAUGCUUGUGUGCCAAGGCGCUUGAGUUAGUCAAAGUUGUAUACAUUGACUGUCAGCUGGUCAUAUCUGGUGUUCACCAAAAUAGAAAAGAAUGUUGCCAGGCAUAAUAUCUCAGCCAUCUUUGAUAACCAGCCAGGUAAUUUUAGAGUUAUGGCAAUUGACUUACUCAAAAUGUCAAAAGUUAUUGAGGAGACGCUUUCACUUUUCACAAUUUUGAUCAAUUAAAGGGUCAUAACUCUGGACAAAGUAAUCAAACUAGCAUGUUAUCUCAUUUGACCUUGAUUUUAAAGAGAUUUAUAAACAUUCUGUAUAAGUCUGGUAAGGUUCCAAGAAUUUUUUUCUAGCAAUUGAGCUGACAGCAUUUUAUUUAAU